AUGAGCAAAGCUCACUCUCCCGAGUUGAAAAAAUUUAUGGACAAGAAAUUAUCAAUGAAAUUAAAUGGUGACAAACAUGUCCAAGGAAUAUUGCGGGAGUUCAAUCCAUUUAUGAAUCUUGUGAUAGAUGAAUGUGUGGACAUGACAACCAGUGGGCAACAGAACAAUAUCAGAAUGGUGGUAAUAUGA